GACGAAAUCUCUGAUUGCAGAGUUGUGAGAGAUCCACAGACGCUCAAAUCCAAGGGAUAUGGAUUUGUCUCGUUUGUCAAAAAAGCGGAAGCGGAAAGUGCCAUCGGUGCCAUGAAUGGACAAUGGCUCGGAAGCAGGAGUAUUCGAACGAAUUGGGCGACUCGCAAACCCCCAGCGCCGAAGUCCGAAGCAAACGCGAAGCCAUUGACUUUCGAUGAAGUGUACAAUCAAAGUAGUCCGACAAACUGUACAGUAUACUGCGGUGGACUAACAAAUGGACUAACAGAAGAAUUGAUGCAAAAAACUUUCUCGCCUUUUGGAUCCAUCCAAGAGAUUCGUGUAUUCAAGGACAAAGGUUAUGCUUUCAUCAGGUUUUCUACCAAAGAAUCGGCGACACAUGCUAUUGUGGCGGUACACAACACCGACAUCAAUGGUCAAACGGUGAAAUGUAGCUGGGGCAAGGAAAGCGGAGAUCCCAACAAUGCCCAACAAACUGGACAGGCGUUAUCGUCGGCGACGUACCCAUACUACGCGGCGGCGGCAGCUGCCGCCGCGGCGGCGGCAGGCGUCGCGGGUGUCGGAGGAGUCGGUGGCGUCGGCGGUGCUGGCCAGCUAGGAUAUUGGUAUCCGCCCCAAUCUUAUCCCACGACAGCGACGCAGAUGCAAGCCGGUGGUUUCCUCCAAGGCAUGCAAGGAUACACUUAUGGACAGUUCGCCGGGUAUCAACAGGCGCAAUACAUGGGAAUGGGAAUGGGUGUCCACGCUGCUGGCACGGCGGCAGGUUGGGGCCAGGGAUUACCUGGGGGACCACAGUUACCGCCGCACCAUGCCACGACGGUCACGGCACCCCCAGGGGUGCAAGCCGCACCCCCACCACCACCACCCCCGGCACAAAUGAUGGCCUACCCGAUGCAACAGUUCCAGGCACAGUGAUCGCUACCACUAUCAUCGCACGGCCUGGCUUAUCCUUACUUUCAAAUAUCACUUUGCAUCAAGGAAACUGCAUCUACGACCUGGCUCAACCUCGUAUUCAACCAGAAAAGUGUCGCUGGAGAACGUAUCUAUAAAAUGGGUAUCAUCGUUGCGUAUGAAAUUGCAACUGAAUGGAAGAGGCGCAAGAGACAAAGGCGAAACAGCGAACGAAAGUACGUUUCGUUGUGCCAAUAGUAAACUAUCCAAGUGUCGCUAAUAUUUCCAUUGGAAUUAUCCUUCUGAAAUCAGUUUCGCAAAUAGCAAAUCCGUAAUCAGUCCAUGAGAGAAUGAAACAUUUGUCGAUCGAACACCAACAGUCUCAAGUAAUCUGAAAACGUUCACACAACACUGAUACAUUCCUCUGAGCGUUCGUUGUCAAUGAAAAGCCGAGCAACACCGUUCGUAUUCAGGGCAAUAUAAUCAAUCAAAUUGCUCACACUUUUGAACAACAAUUGAAAGCAAAUUGAGGUUGAGUCACGGUUAAAGGUAGAUUCAGAUCGACCAGUCUUCGUGUGUUGGAAUAUGUGAAGGAUAUAGAAUGUGAGAGAUACAGAGAGAGACGAGAGUAAAAUGAUUCUUUUACAAUUAAAAAAAAAAAAAAGAAAGAAAGAGUGAAAUGGUGACAGAGAGAGA